UUCUUGAUUAAAAAACAAAUCAUCACUAUGUUUUUUUAAUGUUGAAUUUUAGUUUUAUUUUGUAUGCAAUAUCAGUCAAUUUCAUUACUGAAACUAGCUAAUUUGUAUUUGAUUGGAUCUGAUUCUGCUUUGAAAAAUUGUUAUUAUUGGAUCACCAGGUGUUUGUUGUUAGGUCUGAAAGAUGGAAAGUGGUAAGGAUGGACAUGAUAGGGUGUUUUCACAUCUUGCUCAUGGUAUAGCUGGUGCUGCACAUGGUGGAGGUUAUCCUCAGCAACAAGAGCUUGAUCAUUGGAACAAUGGUGUCCACUUUUUCAAGGUUAUCCUUGAAAGUACUCUCAAAGAAGAAAAACUGAGAGUUCCCAUAAGUUUUGUGAGAAGAUAUUGGAAAGGAAUAGAAAACCCAGUUACCCUAAGGCUACCAAAUACGAUUCAAAAGAAAGUUUUUUGGGAGAAAACUAGUGAUUAUGAUGUUUUCUUUUGCAAUGGUUGGAAAGAGUUUGCAAAUUAUUUGUCUUUAAGUGAGUCACAAUUUUUGGUAUUUCAAUAUCAAGAAAGCUCUCUAUUUAAUGUGAUUGUAAUUGAUAAAAACGGAUUAGAAAUCAAAUAUCCAAUAAUAGAGAUUAGUCAAGAAUCUACUGAGAUUGAAUCAAGCAAAAGUUCUUUGCAAGUUAAUGAAGAUCCUUCACCAAUACGCCGUCUUGGAAGACCAAAAUCUUCUUCUAAAGUUUGUAAGAAAAAGAAAAUCAAUAGUCAAGAAUCUAUUGAGAUUGAAUCAAGCGAAAGUUCUUUGCAAGUUAAUGAAGAUCCUUCACCAGUGCGCCGUCUUGGAAGACCAAAAUCUUCUUCAAAAGUUUGUAAGAAAAAGAAAAUCAAUCCAAAAGAACCAAAGAAAUCAUCAAAGCUUGAGAAUAGAAAAGUUCAAAUAGAUGCAAGAUUUCAUAAUCUUAUGGAUGUGGACAAUGGAGAUUAUUUGAAGGAGAAAAGUAGGGUUUUGUAUGACAAAGUGAACAACAUGUUUCGCUCUAACAAGGACUUCUUCGUAUGCAUGAUCCAAAAGACAUACAUUGAAAGAAAUAUCGUGGGCAUACCAACUGAAUUUGGUAGGAGAUUUUUGCAUCAAAUGGAAGGAAGAAAUGUUACUCUUUUUAUUAACAAACAGAAAACAUGGAUUGUUGAUUUGAAGCUGACUUCAAAUAAUCAAUAUACAUUAAGUGGUGGUUGGAGUAAGUUUCGUGCUUACAAUGAUGUCAAACUUGGUGAUGUUUGUGUUUUUAUACUAAACAAGAGCAAAGGAAAAAUUUCAUUUCAAGUUACUAAUUUCUCUUUAGAAAAGGACACGAGUUCUCCUUAUUUUGAAGGGAAUACCAAUAUAGUUCCAGUUUAAGAUUGUUAGAGUUGAAUUUGUGAAGGGUGUGACUUGAAAGAAUGUGAUACUAUGCUUAAUGAAGAAGAAGAUGUUAAUGAGGAAAAGCUUAUAUUAGAGUUAUAUAUAUGAGUUUUAUUAUAUAGUGUUUAAUUUCUCAUUCCAAACUGUAUGGAUUUAAGUUGCUUUGAACAAAGUUUCGACUAUUGAGCAAUUAUUUAUGAGUAAGAAGUAUGAUCCUAUGAAUGCAAUUCCUAAAUUUCCAA